GUAUAACCAUGAAGUGCCUACUUAUUUUUGCUUGUUUUUGGCCAAUGGUCAUUAAUGCUGCAUCCGUAAUUGAUGGACGCAUUGUAGGAGGAAACAAAACUCAAAUAACAAAAUAUGGAUAUCAGAUAUCAGUUCAAGUGCAACGGGAACAUUUGUGCGGUGGAGCAAUUUUGGAUAAUUUUUGGAUUCUCACAGCAGCUCACUGCGUUUUGUUUGACCACACACAAUACCAAAUUCGUUCUGGAUCAUCCCUGAGAGAUUUCAACGGCUAUCUUCAUGAUGUAGUGGAGAUACAUAAACAUCCCCAAUAUAACGUAUCGGAAAUUUUUGACUUGGACGUAGCCGUGAUGAGAGUGCGUCAACCAUUCAGACUUGACGGCAGGUCAAGGAGGAAAGUCAGGUUAACAGAAGGUGGCCACGAUAUGCCUGUUGGCGCAGUUGCUACAAUAACUGGAUGGGGUUUGUUGGAGGAAAAUGGAGAUAAGUCACAAUUUCUUCAAGUCGUUCAAAUACCUGUAGCUGACAAAGCAAAAUGCAUUCAAGAAUAUCAAAAAUGGAAUGAAACAUUAACUGAAAAUAUGUUUUGUGCUGGUGUACCAGAAGGCGGUAAAGACUCCUGUCAAGGGGACAGUGGUGGCCCUUUAGUAGAUGAUGCAGGAGUUCUGCACGGUAUCGUCUCGUGGGGUGUGGGCUGUGGUCGUCCAGGAAUUCCAGGAAUAUAUACGAGAGUCGACUCAAAAGACGUUAGAGAUUUUAUAAGAUUCCAUACUGGAAUCUUUGACAUCAAAAAAUUUGGUUGGCAACUUUCCCUGCAGUAUGAAUCUGAACAUAAAUGUGGUGCAUCAAUCAUCAGCAAAGAAUGGGCAAUUACAGCCGCACACUGUGUUGAAGAUUUGUUUCAAACUCCACAACUGUUGUCGCUCCGUGCUGGAAGCGAUCAACAUGGUUCAGGCGGAGUUGUAUAUGACAUCAGCGAAGUUUGGAUUCAUCCUGGUUAUGGUUUAAGUAUGAAUUAUGAUGUAGCUUUACUAAAAGUUUCGGAACCAUUUGAUUUCACUGUCUGCACCAUUAGACCAAUAGCCUUAGCAACAAAAAAUGAUCAGCCAGAGACUGGUGCUCCAGUUACUGUCACCGGAUGGGGACACUCUAAGGAGAAUGGACCUAUGGAAAAGUAUUUGCAUGGGGUGGAGCUAAACAUUGUAGAUCACGAUACAUGUGAUGAAAUAUAUACCGAGUUUGGUGGAAUAACUGAAAACAUGAUAUGCGCUGGUGUUAAUGAAGGCUGCAAAGAUUCUUGCAAAGGAGAUAGUGGAGGACCACUUAUUGAUAAAAAUAGAAAAUUGGUUGGAAUCGUGUCAUGGGGUUUUGUUUGCGGAAGAUCAAACAAUCCAGGCGUUUACACAAAUAUAGCAAGCACCAGUAUAAGGGAUUACAUAUUCAAUAUGACAGGAAUUUGAAAUUGAAAUCUUGAAAUGUAAAAAUUAGAUAAAU